AAUCGAUGCAUUUCUAGGGAUUUUUUUUUUUCAAAACAUGUGUGGUGUGGUCCUCUUAAAAACUUUGAUAAUCGGUGCAAAUAGAUUAAAAAACUUAUUCACGUUGUCUUCUACUCCGUUGUUCCUUUUCUAAAACUUCCCCAAACACAAAUUCACCACAGAUCUCCAUUAAACCCAAUACAAAACCCUAACUAACGACCCUCAUUCAAUCCCAAUGGACACUAGCAACACUACCAACGCCACCGUUGCCCCCACAGACAGUGGCGCUGCCGCUGCUCCGCCCGUGCCGAUCCCGAUUCCGUCCGUAAAUGCUCCGCCGCCGUUCCUGGUGAAGACGUACGAUAUGGUGGAUGAUUGUUCUACGGAUGCGGUUGUUUCGUGGAGUGCUGGUAAUAAUAGUUUUAUUGUGAAGGAUCCUCCUGAGUUUGCUAAACAGAUUUUGCCUAAGUAUUUUAAGCACAGUAACUUCUCCAGCUUUGUUCGCCAGCUUAAUACUUAUGGAUUCAGGAAAAUUGAUCCAGAUCGUUGGGAAUUCGCAAACGAGGGAUUCUUACGAGGCCAAAAAGACCUCCUCAAAACCAUAGUUCGCCGGAAGCCCGCCGCAGGGCACAACAACCAGUCACAACUGCCACACGGACAGACAUCUUCCGUGAACCGAUGUGUUGAAGUUGGGAAAUUUGGACUCGAGGAAGAAGUCGAGAGACUAAAACGUGACAAAAAUGUGCUGAUGCAGGAGCUCGUGAGGCUUCGACAGCAGCAACAAGCAACUGAUAAUCUAAUGCAAUCAUUGGUGCAACGUCUUCAAGGAAUGGAACAACGGCAACAACAAAUGAUGGCGUUUUUAUCGAAAGCGGUUAAUAGCCCGGGUUUCUUGGCGCAUUUUGUACAACAAAACGAGAACGCCAAACUCAUUUCAGAAGGCAACAAGAAACGCAGGUUUAAACAAGAGCAAGCUGUUUCCGAUAAAAAUAACGAGUCGGUUGAUGGACAGAUCGUUAAAUAUCAACCCAUGAGUAACGAUUCACCAAACGCAAUGCUGAGACAUUUUGUAAAACUUGAAGAGAUCAUACCACCAACAUCUAGUCAAUCUGCACCACUUGAAGCAAAUUCUAAUGUGGUUGCAACGAGCCCACUAGCCGAUGAUCAAGAAUUCGCUCAUGUCGCUGACCUGUUGGAUGGUGUACCUAUUGACCCAAACCUGGUUCCAUUGGAUGGUGCACCUAUCGGUUUCCCACCUGAUGGAGACACACAAUGGAAUAGUGAUUUUGAUAUGGAUUUUUUCAACGAAAUUGAUCCGUCAUGGGUUGUUGAGCCCAACCCGGAAGCCGUUCUAGCUGAAGAAAUGGGCUCGGCUCCAAUGGAUGAUUACUUGAUGCAGGGAAGUGAAGUUAAAUCGUUAGAAAAUACAGGCUCGGCUCAGGUGCAGCAACUCACACAGCAAAUGGGGCUACUUUCUUCAGAGACUAAAGAAGCCUAAUUAGAUUUAAACAAAUUGUACAAAUGUUCUUGGUAUCGUCCGAGUUUUCUCUGCUAGUACUUGAAGGUGGAUAAUGGUGUCAAGGGAGUGCUGACGUGGAGCGAUGGAGGUGGGGAACACGGAACACCAUACCCCUUCAAGGGGAUCGGUAUGGAGGGGAUGGAGGUCUUGUUCAUCAUGCGAAAUAAAGAAGAUUUUGAGGCGUUUCGAGAUAGAAAUCUGAUGUGGAGGUUGAGGAUGGAGGGGAACACCACGCCCCUUAAAAGGGGAUGCAAUGCAACCCCCUUCAUCCUCUCCCGAAAUCAUAACAUAUAGCCUAAACAUGUGACUUUACACGUUUUGGAAAAUGUUAUGAUUUUUAGUAGUAGAGUAAGCCAGCUCAGCCAAGCUAGAACCGGACUAAGGUCAAGCUAGGAUCGUCUAACUGAAAUUUGAGCCCAACUCAUUUUGAGGCUUUGAGCACAUUGUUAUGUCUCAAGAUCGGUGUGUGAGUAAAUUUAUAUGCUUGAACUCAGCUCGGGCUUGACUUGGUGAUUAUAUAUUUGUUCUAUUGGUUAUGUAUAUAACUAUAUUUUUAUA